GCAGGCUGAUGUCUGAGUUUGUACAAGUGUUCUCUCUCUCUCACACACACACACACACACACACCAGGUGUAAAAGAGAACGGAGGUUGAUGUUAAGGCUCCUGAACUCUUUCAACAUGGCACAGAAACUAUUUCUCUUCUGCCUGUUUGCUCUUCAUUCCGUCUCUCUGUCGAACAUCGUCCAGUAUCCUGCGGUAGUGACGGCGGUUCGUGGCGAGACGGUCUCCAUGACGUGUAAUACAGUGGAAGUCUUGUCCAGAUGUGAUUCAGUCUACUGGUAUAAAGUGCAGCUGAGAACCAGAGAGAUGAUCCUGAGCACCGCUGUUCACACUGAUCCGAGUCUGAAACUGUGUAGAGGAGUCAUCUACAACGCCAGCGUGGCUGAUUCGGGCAUUUACUACUGCUCUGUGAAACACAGUGUUAUCUACUACACGGGCAACGGCACCACCGUCAUCAUCACAGAGCCUCGUCCCGGUCCCGUCGUGACGCUCUACGUCCCGGACGUGAGUGUCGGACCCUCCGUCUCUCUGCAGUGCGUGGUGAUGGGGGUCGUCCCGUCUGAAGCCAUCGUUUCCUGGGUCGUAGGGGACUCGGAGACGACCGGGUGGACGGAGUCGGGCUGGACCCACGCCGACGCCUCAGCUGUAGAAUACACACGCGCUCAUAUCAGCAUUCCCUCAGACACCUGGCUGGAGGCUCCGAAUGUGGAGUGCGUGGUCGAGGUGGACGGCAGGCGCGUCUCGAAAUCUUAUAAAAAAAGCUCCAGUCAGCUGUGUUCAUGGUUGAUGUAUUUGUGCGCCGGCGUUGCCCUCGUCAUCCUUACCGUGUUCAUCGUUACGCUAGUUUCAUUACAGACGGCAGGACAGUGUCGUGUGCGUACCAGAUCAACUGAAUCCUGCUUCAAUCAACGCAAUGGAGGCAAAAGGAGGACAGACACAGCAAAGAGAUCCUCCAUAACGGAAGUGCAAUACGCAAGUUUGGAUCUGAUCAGUAACGGACAACGAGGGAGAACCAUGUUAAACAGGAAUGUUUUGCUUAAUGAGUGACUGAGUGAAUGAGUGAGUGAGUGAGUGUGUGAAUGAGUGAGUGAAUGAGUGUGUGAAUGAGUGAGUGAAUGAGUGAGUGAAUGACUGAGUGAGUGAGUGAAUGAGUGAAUGAAUCAGUGAGAGAGUAAGUGAAUGAAUGAGUGAAUGAGUGAGUGAAUCAGUGAGUGAGUAAGCGAAUGAAUGAGUGAGUCAGUGAGUGAGUGAGUGUAUGAAUGAGUGAGUGAGUGAGUGAAUGAGUGAGUGAGUGUAUGAGUGAGUGAGUGAGUGUAUGAGUGAGUGUAUGAAUGAGUCAGUAAGUGAAUGAGUGAGUGAGUGAGUGUAUGAAUGAGUGAGUGAGUGUAUGAGUGAGUGAGUGAGUGAGUGAGUGAAUGAAUGAGUGAGUGAGUGUAUGAGUGAGUGAGUGUAUGAGUGAGUGUAUGAAUGAAUGAGUGAGUGUAUGAGUGAGUGAGUGAGUGUAUGAGUGAGUGAGUGUAUGAGUGAGUGUAUGAAUGAAUGAGUGAGUGUAUGAGUGAGUGAGUGAGUGUAUGAGUGUAUGAAUGAGUGAGUGAGUGUAUGAGUGAGUGAGUGUAUGAGUGAGUGUAUGAGUGAGUGAGUGAGUGUAUGAGUGUAUGAAUGAGUGAGUGAGUGUAUGAGUGAGUGUAUGAGUGAGUGAGUGAGUAAGUGAAUGAAUGAGUGAGUGAGUGAGUGAGUGAGUGUAUGAGUGAGUGAGUGUAUGAGUGAGUGAGUGUAUGAGUGAGUGAGUGUAUGAGUGAGUGUAUGAGUGAAUGAGUGUAUGAGUGAGUGUAUGAGUGAGUGAGUGAGUGUAUGAGUGAGUGAGUGAGUGAAUGAGUGAGUGAGUGUAUGAGUGAGUGUAUGAGUGAGUGUAUGAGUGAAUGAGUGUAUGAGUGAGUGUAUGAGUGAGUGAGUGAGUGUAUGAGUGAGUGAGUGAGUGAGUGAAUGAGUGAGUGAGUGAAUGAGUGAGUGAGUGUAUGAGUGAGUGAGUGAGUGAGUGAGUGAGUGUAUGAAUGAGUGAGUGAGUGAACAAGUGAGUGAAUGAAUAGGUGAAUGAGUUAAUGAGUAAGUGAAUGAGUGAGUGAGUGAGUGAGUGAGCGAGUGAGUAAGUGAAUGAGUGUAUGAGUGAGUGAGUGAGUGAGUGUAUGAGUGAGUGAGUGUAUGAGUGAGUGAGUGAGUGUAUGAGUGAGUGAGUGUAUGAGUGAGUGAGUGAAUGAGUGAGUGUAUGAGUGAGUGAGUGAGUGAAUGAGUGAGUGAGUGAGUGUGUGAAUGAGUGAGUGAGUGAAUGAGUGAGUGUAUGAGUGAGUGAGUGAAUGAGUGAGUGAGUGAGUGUAUGAGUGAGUGAGUGUAUGGGUGAGUGAGUGAGUGAGUGAGUGAGUGAGUGAAUGAGUGAGUGAGUGUAUGAGUGAGUGUAUGAGUGAGUGUAUGAGUGAAUGAGUGAGUGUAUGAGUGAGUGUAUGAGUGAGUGAGUGUAUGAGUGAGUGAGUGAGUGUAUGAGUGAGUGUAUGAGUGAGUGAGUGAGUGAGUGAGUGAGUGAGUGAAUGAGUGAGUAAGUGAAUGAAUGAGUGAGUGAGUGAGUGAGUGAGUGUAUGAAUGAGUGAGUGAGUGAACAAGUGAGUGAAUGAAUAGGUGAAUGAGUUAAUGAGAAAGUGAAUGAGCAAUUGAGUGAGUGAAUGAGUGACUGAGUGAAGAAAAGCAUUAUGAUGUCCUGAAAUGUCCAAUAAAACCUGCCAUCUGAUCAACUA